AUGAUAAGAAGAAUAUUGUUUUCAAGCGAUGAAUCUAGUGAAAAUGAAGAUGAAAGUCCACCAAGGCGAAAAAUAUAUAAAGAAAGGGUACAUUUUACCAUUGAAAACGACUUUGAUUUUAAAGAAGCAUUCAGGUUAAAUAAGGUACAAGUGAAGUAUGUCUUAGGCAAAAUCGGAGCUAGGUUAGCCCCUGCAAAUAGAAGAAACCAUGCUCUAACAGCGGAGCAGCAACUAUUGUUGACACUACAUUGGCUAGGGAAUGGGGCCCAGAUGCAUGGGAUAGCCAUCAUGCACGGCGUAAGAAAAUCGACAGUUUGUCGAAGUAUUCAGAAAGUUGUCAACAUCAUCAUUGAUACAAUGUUUCAAGAGGAAGUUAGAUGGCCAGAAAAUACACAAAACAUUGCCAUGGAAUUUUUGCGCAAAGGUGGAUUCCCAUGUGUCUGUGGAUGUGUUGAUGGCACCUUAAUAAACAUCGAUAGCCCUUCUAAUCAUGAAGAAGUCUACGUUGAUCGCUAUGGCGAUCAUUCAUUAAAUGUCAUGAUGAUAUGCGGCCCAAAUAAUUAUUUUUAUGCAGUUAACGCAAAUUGGCCUGGAAGCGUCCACGAUUCCAGAGUCUUUCGAAACACCGCAAUUUAUAGAAAGUUUGAACAAGGAUGGAGGCUUUUUCCAGGAGCAGUCAUUUUGGGUGACUCAGCUUACGCAACACGACCGUGGUUGAUGACUCCUCUCCAUAGAAACCCUGGUGCCGAAGAUGCAAGGCGGUACAACAACGCCCAUAAAUUGACACGGAAACUGGUGGAAGAUUCUUAUGGGAUACUAAAAGAAAAAUUUCCGUGUUUAAACGACCUACGGGCAAAUCCCGAAAAGGCUGCACGGAUUGUACUGGCAUGUGCCACUUUGCACAAUGUUGCAAAAAUAAUUGGAAGAGAAGAAGAUCACUACCCUAAUCGCGAAGAGAUGAACAACGAUAACCCAGACGAAGAUAAUAUGAUGCAAGAAAAUAACAGCCGGUAA